AAGCAGUGUGCUUACAGUGGAAAGCACACACAGCCUCAUAGUAAAAUGCACACAGUUAACCCUUUGAUCACCCCAGAUGUUAACCCCUUCCUGCCCAGUGCCAUUAGUACAGUCCCAGGGCGGACUGACAACUCAUGGGGCCCCCGGGCAAUAGGGGAUCAUGGGGCCCCUGUGUCCUUGCCCAUACUCAAACCACACCCAAAAAAGCCUAUGAAAGGUAUGAGGGGCAUCUCAUGGGGCCCCCUACUGACCCCGGGCCCUUGGGCAGUGCCCGAGUUCCCAAAAGGUCAGUCCGCCUCUGCUAGAGCCUGUUCACUU